CUCCAGCUGCAAUCACCACCGCCGCUGCUGCUGCAACGAGCUGCCGGCUAUUUGAUCACCCCCAUCCCGCACAGCCUCUACUUUCGCCGGUGUGCAAGCACAGACCUCUGCCAACACAUCCAUUAUGACGGGCGUCGCGGCUGCCUCCUUCUUCUCCAACGUCUGCCGGUUUGGCGGUUGCGGGCUGCAUUUUGAUUCCCUGGGCGAGCUCAUCGUUCACAUCGAAGAUAACCACAUCGACACAGAUCCCAGAGUUUUGGAGAGGCAGGAGCUGCAGCAGCCCACAUAUGUUGCUCUGAGCUACAUUAAUAGGUUCAUGACUGAAGCAGCACGCAGAGAGCAAGAAACUCAGAAGAAGAAGGUCCAACCCAAAAUUGCAAUAUCAGUCACUGGAGGUUUAUCACGUAACAGUACGGCCACGCCUCCUCGGCAUAGCAACGGCAGCCUAACCCCACCCGUCACCCCUCCCAUCACGCCCUCAUCCUCCUUCCGCAGCAGCACACCCACAGGCAGUGAGUGUGAUGAGGAGGAGGUGGAGUAUGAAGACUCUGACAGUGACGAGUCCUGGACUACAGAAAGCGCCAUCAGCUCAGAGUCCAUCCUUAGCUCCAUGUGUAUGAAUGGAGGCGAUGAGAAACCCUUUGCAUGCCCUGUUCCAGGAUGCAAGAAAAGAUACAAGAAUGUGAAUGGUAUUAAGUACCAUGCUAAAAACGGGCACAGGACGCAGAUCCGUGUGAGAAAGCCCUUUAAGUGUCGCUGUGGGAAAAGCUAUAAAACCUCUCAAGGCCUUAGACAUCACACCAUCAACUUCCACCCACCGCUGUGAUACACACACCACCACUUUCAAGUUUACCUAUUCAUCCUUUCAUUUCCAUUUCUGGAUCAUAUGUAAACUGGGAUUCAAAUGCUGAAUUCAUUUUUUGAUACUUUUUUCUCUUUAUUUGUGUGAUUUUAUAUAUACAUGUAGAUAUAUUUGUACAUUUGCACAUUCCAUAUAAAUCAUUUCUUUACCGCUU